CCCAAUAGACUGUGUGUCCCUCAACAGCAGGAACCAAGGCUUAUUUAUCUUUAUUUCUCCAGAACUUAGCUUAGUAGCCAUCUCAUGGCAGGACACAACGAAUGUUGCAUCACUAUGGGUGCAAAACACUGGGACACUCUUUCUAUAUCUAUCAGGACUUUUAGGUGAGGAAUCUGGGUUUUGCUCAGUUCUGGGGUGGGGGAAGGGAUUCUAAGAAGGGAAUAUGAAAUAAGACUCCCUAUCAUUGAAACCCAGGUUAAACAUUGAAGGCAAAACAAUUUUUUCUUCACGCCUAAUGUCCCUGUUCUCUGACGUGGAAGUAAUAGAACUGUUAGUUAAAUAAGCUCAGAUAGUUUCCUGUUUUUCCAUUGUUAAAAGAGAGAGAAAAAUUUAAAAACAUGCUUUGAAUAGUUCAGAUGCCUGAAAAAUACAGUCAGAACUGUACUGGUACUUCAUCGUCGCAGUACUGGCUAUGAAGAGAAGGAAAAUGUGUAGAGCUGGAAGCUUCCAGGAAACAAUUGACUUUAACCAACUAGCAGAGCGGUCACCUGAGCCUCUUAUUACCGGCCAGCACAUGCUGAGCAUUUGCUUCACCUCCUGAAGCUCAGCACUCGUAUGCAGACUGAAUGGGUCACACAGACACUGCCCCACGCGCAGCCCCGGGGCACUCAGAUGGACAUGUGAAGAGAAGGAUAAGGAGUGACCAGGAGGAAGAGAAACUCCGCGGUGAAAGGCACCAUGCUGGUUUAUAGAUCCACUUAGCUGUUUUAAAAGAGAGCCCUACCUAUAAGGAUGCCUUGGCAAAGAAUUCACCAGGGCUCUGCCUGAAGAUCUGCUAUUUUGUCAGGUAUUGGAUAACAGAAUUCUGGAUCAUGUUUAAAAUGGAUGCCAGCUUGACAAACGCUAUGGAGGAGUUUCAGGAACUGGUGAAAGCUAACGGUGAGGAGUUGCACUGCCGCCUGAUCGACACAACUCAGAUCAAUGGUCGUGACUGGUCAAGGAAACUUACUCAAAGGAUAAAAUCGAACACCAGCAAGAAACGGAAAGUCUCCCUGCUCUUUGACCAUCUGGAACCAGAAGAGCUGUCCGAGCACCUCACCUACCUUGAGUUCAAGUCUUUCCGGAGGAUAUCCUUCUCCGAUUAUCAGAAUUACCUUGUGAAUAGCUGUGUGAAGGAGAACCCCACCAUGGAGCGGUCCAUCGCCCUGUGUAACGGCAUCUCCCAGUGGGUACAACUGAUGGUUCUCAGCCGCCCCACCCCACAGCUCCGAGCAGAAGUCUUCAUCAAGUUCAUCCACGUGGCUCAGAAGCUCCACCAACUACAGAACUUCAAUACAUUGAUGGCUGUGAUAGGAGGGCUAAGUCACAGCUCAAUUUCCAGGCUCAAGGAGACAAGUUCGCACGUCCCACACGAAAUCAAUAAGGUUCUGGGUGAGAUGACUGAGCUGCUGUCCUCCUGCAGAAACUAUGACAACUACCGGCGAGCCUACGGGGAGUGCACCCACUUCAAAAUUCCCAUCCUGGGGGUGCACCUCAAGGACCUCAUCUCCUUGUACGAAGCCAUGCCCGACUACUUGGAGGAUGGGAAGGUGAACGUCCACAAGCUGCUGGCCCUUUACAAUCAUAUCAACGAACUGGUCCAGCUGCAAGAGGUGGCCCCACCCCUGGAGGCCAACAAGGACUUGGUGCACUUGCUGACGUUAUCCUUAGAUCUCUACUACACCGAAGAUGAAAUCUACGAGCUGUCCUAUGCCCGGGAACCAAGGAACCACAAAGCCCCACCACUAACACCUUCAAAGCCACCAGUAGUAGUGGACUGGGCCUCUGGAGUAUCUCCCAAACCUGACCCAAAGACCAUAAGCAAACACGUGCAGAGGAUGGUGGAUUCUGUCUUCAAGAACUAUGAUCAUGACCAGGAUGGAUACAUUUCUCAGGAAGAGUUUGAAAAGAUUGCUGCGAGUUUUCCAUUUUCCUUCUGUGUGAUGGACAAAGACAGGGAGGGCCUCAUCAGCAGAGACGAGAUCACAGCCUACUUCAUGAGGGCCAGCUCAAUCUACUCCAAGCUGGGCCUGGGAUUCCCUCACAACUUCCAAGAGACAACCUACCUGAAGCCCACUUUCUGUGACAACUGUGCUGGAUUUCUCUGGGGAGUGAUCAAACAAGGAUAUCGAUGUAAAGACUGUGGGAUGAACUGCCACAAACAAUGCAAAGAUCUGGUUGUGUUUGAGUGCAAGAAGCGAGCCAAGAACCCAGCAGCUCCCACAGAAAACAACACCUCUGUGGGGUCAACGUCCAACCUUUGCUCGUUGGGAGCCAAAGAUCUGCUCCAUGCACCCGAGGAAGGACCUUUCACAUUCCCUAACGGGGAAGCUAUGGAACACAGUGAGGACAGUAAGGAUCGGACCAUCAUGCUCAUGGGAGUGUCCUCACAGAAAAUUUCUGUUCGGCUAAAGAGGACUAUAGCCCACAAGGCCACCCAGACCGAAUCACUGCCUUGGCUUGGCAGCGAGGACCCUUCUGGUCCCUUUGUGCUGUCUUCCUCAAGGAAGACAGCCCAGGAUACUCUCUAUGUGCUUCCCAGUCCCACAUCUCCAUGCCCCAGCCCAGUCUUGGUCAGAAAGCGUGCUUUUGUCAAGUGGGAGAAUAAAGAAUCUCUCAUAAAAUCAAAGGAGGAGCUCCGUCACCUCAGACUCCCAACCUACCAAGAACUGCAACAGGAAAUAAAUACCUUGAAAGCAGAUAAUGAUGCUCUAAAGAUCCAACUGAAAUAUGCACAGAAGAAAAUAGAAACCCUCCGGCUUGCAAGAAGCAAUCAUGUCUUAGCUCAGAUGGAGCAAGGUGACUCUUCUUAGCCCAGAAACUCAAGGAGCACAGUCUGUAGAUGAGUAUAUCAGAGGUCUCAUUUCCUAAACCAAUUAACACAAAGACCCAGGGAACCUUAGAGUGACCGGUUUUAAAAAGGGUACUUUAAAAAAGAAAAGCUAGUUAUUCUUUUUGGUACCUAGAAGAUUCCUAAUGUGCAGUAUUGUUUUUCUCUUCCAGUCAGUUGAAUCAAAGGGGAGGAAAGCUGAAGAAUACAAAAUUUUUGCCGUUCAUACCACAAACUUUUUUUUUCCUGGGACUAAUACCAAAAGCGUGAUAAAAACAUGAUGAUAGCUUUCUGACAAGGUGGCUUCUCCUAUGUGGCCUGCCCAGCUACUUCCUUAGAAUUAAAAUCCCUGGAAAAUGAA